ACCCUCAAACAUUUUCAUCUUCUCACAAACAGAGACUCGCAAAAAGACUCCUUUCUUUCUACUCAUAAUAUCUGUCUUUGCCUCUCUGACUCUCUCUCUCUCUCUCUCUCUCUCUCUAUAGAAAUGGAAACUAAUCCCACCGUAGCCAUCAACAUUUCCGAUGACCUGUACGGACUACCCGGCGCCAAAUCCGACCCACGAGACCUACCCGAACCCGAUGUCCACAUCGUCACCUGCGACGCCCUGCGGAUCCCGGCGCACUCUAGCAUUCUGGCCUCAGCGUCGCCGGUGCUGGAAAACAUUAUUGAUCGGCCACGUAAGCACCGGAGCUCCGAGCGAGUCAUUCCGAUCACCGGCGUCCCAUACGACGCCGUAUUGGCCUUCGUUCGCUUCCUCUACUCCUCAAGGUGCACGGAAGAGCAUAUGGAGAAGUACGGGAUCCAUCUACUCGCGCUGUCCCACGUGUACCUGGUCCCACAGCUGAAGCACAGAUGCAUCAAGGAGCUGGGUCAACGUUUGACCAUCGAAAACGUUGUGGAUGUGCUCCAACUUGCCAAGAUGUGCGACGCAGCGGAUCUCUACCUCAAGUGCUUGAAGUUGGUCGCUAAUCACUUCAAGGCUGUCGAGAAUACUGAAGGCUGGAAAUUCCUCCAAGAUCAUGACCCUUGGCUCGAACUCGACAUCUUACAAUUCAUCGACGAAACCGCGUCGAGGAAGAAGAAGACAAGGAAGCUGAGGGAGGAGCAAAGGUUGUACCUGCAGCUAAGUGAGGCCAUGGAGUGCUUAGAGCACAUAUGCAAGGAAGGGUGCACGAGUGUUGGGCCUUACGAUAUGGAGCCAGGUCACAAGAGGGGCCCAUGCAGCAAGUUCUCCACGUGUCAAGGGCUGCAGCUGUUGAUCCAGCACUUCGCCACCUGUAAAAGGAGGGUGAAUGGAGGGUGCUUGCGUUGCAAGCGCAUGUGGCAGCUUCUUAGGCUUCAUUCGUCGAUGUGUGACGAACCCGACUCUUGCAGAGUUCCUCUUUGCAGGCAAUUCAAGUUGAAAAUGCUGGCAGAGAAAAAGAAAGAUGAUGCAAGGUGGAAACUGCUUGUGAGGAAGGUGGUGUCAGCCAAAACAAUAUCUUCCUUGUCCCUGCCCAAGAGGAAGAGAGAGGAGGAAUUAGGAGAGACCAGAUGCAGCCAUGGGAUUAGAACCUUCAGAUUGUGAUUAAUUAGUCGUCGUUAAUUAGGUCUGCGGCAAAUUAGUGGUAUGCUUUUUUUAUUGUUACCACAAUGUCCAUUUUCCCCCAGAUGUCAAAAAUUUGUGUAUUGUAUAUUGAAGUGAGAGUUGUGCUUCUUCCUUGAGGGAGGAUAGAAGGUUAACCCUAGUUGAAAUUUGGGUUAACAUAGUUUGCUUUGUUACCAAAUCGGGGGGGUAUUAUCAUGUCCUGUUUGGUUUCAUAUUUAUAUUUAAACAUAUGAUUUCUCAUGUGAUUUGGUGA